ACCAACAUUGCCUAAUCGUGGUAUUUGUAAAUCCAGCGAUUAGACUAAUACCGAGAUUACUGACGCGAGGAUUUCACCAACAAAUUUUAGCGAAGGAUUAGUAAAUCCCGAGAUAUUAAGAACAGGAUUAGUGAAUCCGAUAAUCUCGACACCAGCGUUACUAAAAAAUUUUCUUACACGUUACUCGAUUGGAUAUUUCGGAAAGACGUAAUACGCGCUUAGAUACAAACAUGGCAGACAACAAAAAACGAAGUCGACAACCCGAUUUUUCUCAUCGAGAAACAGAGUAUUUAAUGGAAUUAAUCGAAAAAUACAAAAAUAUAAUCGAAUCAAAGGAGACGAAUGCCAUAUCCUUAAAGAAAAAAAAUGAAACGUGGCAAAUUCUAACCGAAGAAUUUAAUAAGUUUCCGGAGGUUAGUAAACGGGACACAAAAAACUUGAAAGUUUUUUGGAAAAAUUUAAAACAAAAAGCAAGAAAAGAUGUGGCAUCAAAUAAGCGAGCACGGAUGAGUACUGGAGGAGGAAUAUGUGCCGAUAUCGAGUGUCCAAUGCCACCAAUUACGCAACAAAUUUUCUCCUUAAUCCCCGAGCAAUUUACGCCUCUCUCAAAUCCUGUUGACAGCGAUGCUGAUUUUAAUGUCCCUGUCGAAGAUAAUGUUGUGGCCGAAUUUCCUGCAUUACUGCAACAGCAAUCAGGAGAAUCAAAUAGUGAAACUUUGAAUGCAUCAAAUGUAAGUGUUAAAUAG